AUGGUGCUGGAGACGCUUUCCCCGGGGAUGCUCGCGUGGCUGGUGGCCACGGGGGCUGUCCUCUGCACGGAGCUGGGGGUCUGCUCCGGCCUCGACUAUGACUACACUUUGGGUGGUGACGGAGAGGACGCGGCGGAGGCGCUGGACUACAAGGACCCGUGCAAAGCCGCUGUGUUUUGGGGUGACAUUGCCUUAGAUGAUGAAGACUUAAAUAUCUUUCAAAUUGAUAGGACAAUUGACCUUACACAGGACCUCUUUGGAAAAUUUGGACACACCACAGGUGGAUUUGGAGACCAUGGUAUGUCAAAGAAACGAGGGGCCCUCUACCAACUUAUAGACAGGAUAAGAAGAAUUGGCUCUGGCUUGGAGCAAAACAACACAGUUAAGGGAAAAGUACCUCUAAAAUUCUCAGGGCAAAAUGAGAAAAAUCGAGUUCCCAGAGCUGCUACAUCAAGAACUGAAAGAGUAUGGCCUGGAGGUGUUAUUCCUUAUGUUAUAGGAGGCAACUUCACUGGCAGCCAGAGAGCCAUGUUCAAGCAGGCCAUGAGGCACUGGGAAAAGCACACGUGCGUGACUUUCAUUGAAAGAGGGGAUGAAGAGAGCUACAUUGUGUUCACGUAUAGGCCUUGUGGAUGCUGCUCCUAUGUAGGUCGGCGUGGAAACGGACCUCAGGCGAUCUCUAUUGGCAAGAACUGUGAUAAAUUUGGAAUUGUUGUUCAUGAAUUGGGCCACGUGAUAGGCUUUUGGCAUGAACACACGCGACCAGAUCGAGAUAACCAUGUAACUAUCAUAAGAGAAAACAUCCAGCCAGGUCAAGAGUACAAUUUUCUGAAGAUGGAGCCUGGAGAAGUGAACUCGCUUGGAGAAAGAUAUGAUUUUGACAGCAUCAUGCACUAUGCCAGGAACACCUUCUCAAGGGGGAUGUUUCUGGAUACCAUUCUCCCCUCACGUGAUGAUAAUGGCAUACGUCCAGCAAUUGGUCAGCGAACCCGUUUAAGCAAAGGAGAUAUUGCACAGGCAAGAAAGCUGUAUAGAUGUCCAGCAUGUGGAGAAACCCUACAAGAAUCCAAUGGCAACCUUUCCUCCCCAGGAUUUCCAAAUGGCUACCCAUCUUACACACACUGCAUCUGGAGAGUUUCUGUGACCCCAGGAGAGAAGAUUGUCUUAAAUUUUACUACAAUGGACCUAUACAAAAGUAGUUUGUGCUGGUAUGAUUACAUUGAAGUAAGAGAUGGGUAUUGGAGGAAGUCGCCUCUGCUUGGUAGAUUCUGUGGGGACAAAGUGCCUGAAGUUCUUACCUCUACAGACAGCAGAAUGUGGAUUGAGUUUCGCAGCAGCAGUAAUUGGGUGGGAAAGGGAUUUGCAGCAGUCUAUGAAGCUAUCUGUGGAGGUGAGAUACAUAAAAAUGAAGGACAGAUUCAGUCUCCUAAUUACCCUGAUGACUACAGGCCAAUGAAAGAAUGUGUGUGGAAAAUAGCAGUGUCAGAGGAUUGCUAUGUCGGGCUGACCUUUCAGGCCUUUGAGAUUGAAAGACAUGACAACUGUGCCUAUGACUACCUAGAAGUUCGAGAUGGAACCAAUGAAAAUAGUCCUUUGAUAGGGCGUUUUUGUGGUUAUGAUAAACCUGAAGAUAUCAGAUCUACCACCAAUACCUUGUGGAUGAAGUUUGUUUCUGAUGGAACUGUGAACAAGGCAGGGUUUGCUGCCAAUUUUUUUAAAGAGGAAGACGAGUGUGCCAAGCCUGACCGUGGAGGCUGUGAGCAGCGCUGUCUGAACACGCUGGGCAGUUACCAGUGUUCCUGUGAGCCCGGCUACGAGCUGGGACUUGACAGAAGGACCUGUGAAGCGGCUUGUGGCGGACUCCUUACAACACUGAAUGGCACCAUAACCACCCCAGGAUGGCCCAGGGAGUACCCUCCCAACAAACACUGUGUGUGGCAAGUUGUCGCACCAACACAGUACAGAAUUUCUAUGAAGUUUGAGCUUUUUGAAUUGGAGGGCAAUGAAGUUUGCAAAUACGAUUAUGUGGAGAUUUGGAGUGGUCUUUCUUCUGAGUCUAAAUUGCAUGGCAAAUUUUGUGGUGCUGAAGUGCCUGAAGUGAUCACAUCCCAGUUCAACAAUAUGAGAAUUGAAUUCAGAUCUGACAAUACUGUAUCCAAGAAGGGCUUCAAAGCACAUUUCUUCUCAGACAAAGAUGAGUGCUCUAAGGAUAAUGGCGGGUGUCAACAUGAGUGUGUCAACACAAUGGGAAGCUACAUAUGUCAGUGCCGUAAUGGAUUUGUGCUGCAUGAAAAUAAACACGAUUGCAAGGAAGCUGAGUGUGAACAGAAGAUUCACAGUCCAAGUGGCUUCAUCACUAGUCCCAACUGGCCAGACAAGUACCCAAGCAGGAAAGAAUGCACAUGGGAAAUCAGUGCCACUCCUGGUCAUCGAAUCAAAUUAGCUUUUAGUGAGUUUGAGAUUGAGCAGCAUCAAGAAUGUGCUUAUGAUCACUUGGAAGUAUUUGAUGGAGAAACAGAAAAAGCACCAAUUCUUGGACGACUGUGUGGGAACAAGAUACCAGAGCCCCUUGUGGCUACUGGAAGUAAAAUGUUUGUUCGGUUUGUUUCUGAUGCAUCUGUUCAAAGAAAAGGCUUUCAAGCCACACAUUCUACAGAGUGUGGUGGCAGACUGAAAGUGGAAUCCAAACCCCAAGAUCUGUACUCACAUGCCCAGUUUGGUGAUAACAACUACCCAGGACAAGUUGACUGCGAGUGGCUGUUAGUGUCGGAACAGGGCUCUCGACUCGAGUUAUCCUUCCAGAUUUUUGAAGUGGAAGAAGAAGUCGACUGUGGUUAUGACUAUGUUGAGCUCUUUGACGGUCUCGAUUCAACAGCGGUGGGACUUGGUCAAUUCUGUGGAUCAGGGCCACCAGAAGAGAUCUAUUCAAUUGGUGAUACAGUUUUAAUUCAUUUUCACACUGAUGACACAAUCAGCAAGAAAGGAUUUCAUAUAAGAUACAAAAGCAUCAGAUAUCCAGAUACCACGCAUACCAAAAAAUAACACCAAAACCUCAUCAGAACAUAAAGGAAUGGGCAUAAUGGAGAGAAGAUUAAUUUCUCUUUUAAAUGAAGAUUUUAGCUCAAAUGUUUUAUAUAAUGAGUUUGAGCAGAAGAAAACUG